CGUUCUCGGACAAUAAAACAAGGAGCUCUUGCAAUUUGCCUUCCCCGUAUGUAACUGCAGAAGCUCGAACGCAAACCUUUAAAAUAAUGGCUCUGCCACUUACAUGGCGGGCUUAGCCCUAGACUCCCCAAUUUCAUUUCCACAUACAUAUAUCUCGAACCUAGAUCUACCUCUGGUUGAUUCCCUUUCCGUCUCUGUACCGCCGAUCCGAUCUGAUUCCAAUCCGAUCCAAUAGGAUCCGGUCCUCGGGAUCCAUACGAAGCAUUUACCAAUGGCAGGGGCAGCCUCUGCUCUCUUCCUUCUUGACAUCAAAGGCCGCGUUCUCAUUUGGCGCGACUACCGGGGCGAUGUCUCUGCCGUCGAGGCCGAGCGCUUCUUCACCAAGCUCAUCGAGAAAGAGGGAGAUCCGCAAUCUCAAGAUCCAGUUGUAUAUGAUAAUGGUGUGACCUACAUGUUUAUACAGCAUAGCAAUGUCUACCUCAUGAUAGCAGCCAGGCAAAACUGCAAUGCCGCUAGCCUUCUUUUCUUCCUACAUCGUAUAGUUGAUGUGUUUAAGCACUAUUUUGAAGAAUUGGAAGAGGAAUCACUUAGGGAUAACUUUGUUGUUGUGUAUGAACUCCUUGACGAAAUUAUGGACUUUGGCUACCCUCAGUAUACCGAGGCAAAGAUUCUAAGUGAAUUUAUCAAGACCGAUGCUUAUAGAAUGGAAGUUACACAGAGACCUCCUAUGGCUGUAACUAAUGCUGUGUCUUGGCGUAGUGAAGGCAUAAAUUACAAGAAAAAUGAGGUUUUCUUGGAUGUGGUCGAGAGUGUUAACAUACUUGUCAAUAGCAAUGGGCAAAUAAUUAGGUCUGAUGUUGUUGGAGCGCUGAAGAUGAGAACAUAUUUGAGUGGCAUGCCCGAGUGUAAACUUGGCCUAAAUGAUAGAGUAUUAUUAGAGGCACAAGGAAGGGCGACCAAGGGAAAGGCAAUUGACUUGGAAGACAUUAAAUUUCAUCAGUGUGUUCGCUUGGCCCGAUUUGAAAAUGAUCGAACAAUUUCCUUCAUACCACCAGAUGGAUCAUUUGAUUUGAUGACAUAUAGGCUCAGUACACAGGUUAAGCCUUUGAUUUGGGUGGAAGCUCAGGUUGAAAGGCAUUCGAAAAGCCGGAUUGAGAUUAUGGUAAAAGCUAGGAGUCAAUUCAAGGAACGUAGCACUGCCACAAACGUUGAGAUUGAGUUGCCUGUACCUGCUGAUUCAACCAAUCCAAAUGUUGCAUCUGCAUCAUAUGCCCCUGAAAAGGAUGCAUUGAUCUGGAAAAUAAGAUCCUUUCCCGGAGGCAAGGAGUACAUGUUAAGGGCAGAGUUUCGUCUUCCCAGCAUAACAGCUGAGGAAGCAACUCCUGAGAGAAAAGCUCCUAUUCGUGUGAAAUUUGAGAUACCAUAUUUUACUGUUUCUGGGAUACAGGUAAGAUACCUGAAGAUAAUUGAGAAAAGUGGGUAUCAGGCCCUUCCAUGGGUGAGAUACAUUACAAUGGCUGGAGAGUACGAACUGAGACUUAUUUGAGAUCUUUUAUCCUGGCUGUUUAUUUUGAAACCCACCAAAUAAUCAUGCCAUAUUUCUAUGACCAAUGACUUGGGAGUGGUGGAUGAGGAGAGGGAAUCACCAGAAAUUGUCCGAGGCCCGGCUGAAAUGAUGAAUUUAUUUGAGCCACCAUCGCCCUCCCUCCCUCUCUCUCUCUCUCUCUGUCUCUCUGCAUGGUAAUUUGUGUCUUGCCAGCAUUUUGUAAGUUACUUUAGCUGUCUAGAAGGUCCAUGUCAAAUGAUGAAUUCACAAUUUGUUAGCCAAAACUCCUGAGUCCUUUUGGCCAUAUCUGUACUGGAUGAUGAGAGAAUGCUUUCCCCCUUUUCGUUUUUGUAUUCAGAGUUUGCUCAUCUUUUUCUAUUGCCCUCAUAAUGUAAUUUGAUUUCCACCUGUAAGAAUUUUUUGCUUUUGUAUUAACAAGAUUGAUAUCUGCAACUUUAUUAAAGCUC